AUGUCGGACAAACGCGACGUUCGCAACUCUUUGCUCUUUGAAUGUGCCUGGGAAGUCGCCAAUAAGGUCGGCGGUAUCUAUACUGUCAUAAAAACCAAAGUUCCCGUCACCGUCUCAGAGUAUGGCGACCGUUAUUGCCUUAUUGGACCCCUCAGUUACAAAACCGCGCCAAUGGAGGUAGAAUCCGAAGAACCUACAGACCCUCAUCUCGCUGCUGCACUAGACUCCAUGAGAUCCCAGGGUGUCAAAGCUUUAUACGGACGAUGGCUCAUCGAGGGCGCACCCCAUGUUUUGCUCUUCGACACCGGCAGCAUGUACCAUAAAUUAGACGAGUGGAAGGGUGACUUGUGGAACCUCGCCGGAAUACCCAGUCCUCCCAAUGAUCAUGAGACGAAUGAGACCAUUGUUUUUGGUUAUCUAGUUGCUUGGUUUCUCGGAGACUACGUGUCUCGUCAGUUGGAUAAAGCCGUAGUGGCGCACUUUCAUGAAUGGCAAGCUGGCCUUGCUAUUCCCCUGUGCAGGAAGAGGCAUAUUGACGUGACGACUGUUUUCACCACUCAUGCUACGCUUCUCGGACGCUACUUAUGUGCAGGCUCGGUUGAUUUUUAUAACAAUCUGCAAUAUUUUGAUGUAGACCACGAAGCCGGGAAGCGGGGUAUCUAUCAUCGGUAUUGCAUCGAGCGUAGUGCCACGCAUUGUGCUGAUGUCUUUACAACGGUCUCCCACAUCACUGCAUAUGAAUCGGAACAUCUCCUCAAACGAAAACCCGAUGGCGUAGUUCCGAACGGUCUCAACGUAGUUAAAUUUCAGGCGAUGCACGAAUUCCAGAAUCUCCAUUCCACGAGCAAGGCGAAGAUCAAUGAAUUUGUACGAGGCCAUUUUUACGGUCAUUAUGACUUUGAUCUAGAGAACACACUUUAUAUGUUUACUGCAGGUCGUUACGAAUACCGUAACAAGGGUGUUGAUAUGUUCAUCGAGUCUUUAGCCCGCCUCAACUACCGCCUUCAAAAAGCUGGAUCAACUGUGACUAUUGUCGCCUUUAUCAUCAUGCCAGCCGCAACGAACUCGUACACCAUCGAAGCCUUGAAGGGCCAAGCAGUAACAAAACAACUCCGCGACACUGUGACAGAGAUCCAAAAUCGCGUUGGAGCCCGUCUAUUCGAGCAUGCUGCCCGUGUUCAUGGUGAUCAGACUGUCGCUCCCACUCCGGAAGAAUUGCUUUCUUCAGAAGACCUUGUACUUCUGAAGCGCCGAAUCUUCGCACUCAAACGAAACUCACUUCCUCCAAUCACAACUCACAACAUGGUCGAUGAUGCCAACGAUCCCAUAUUGAACCAGAUAAGAAGGGUCAAGCUCUUCAAUCACGACCAUGAUCGUGUCAAGAUCGUCUUCCAUCCUGAUUUUCUGAACUCAAACAAUCCAAUCUUGGGCCUAGAUUAUGAGGAAUUUGUGCGCGGCUGCCAUCUUGGGGUUUUCCCAAGUUACUAUGAGCCAUGGGGAUAUACCCCGGCAGAAUGCACAGUAAUGGGAAUUCCAAGCAUUACCACGAACUUGUCUGGUUUCGGCUGUUUCUUGCAAGAUCUUAUUGAACGUCCCCAAGAUGAGGGUUGUUAUAUCGUCGACCGUCGGAUGAAAUCUGUUGAAGAUUCCGUCAACCAGCUCACUGACUACAUGUUCUCUUUCUGCAACAAGACGCGUCGUCAACGAAUCAACCAGCGCAACCGUGUCGAGCGAUUGAGUCCUCUCUUGGAUUGGAAGAACCUUGGAAUUGAGUAUAGUAAAGCCCGGCAGUUGGCGUUGCGGAGAGCAUACCCAGAUCAAUUCUACGGGCCGGACGGUGAACCUAUCGUUGAUGCGGAGGGAGAAGAAGAUUAUUUCGGUGGUGGUGUUGGAAGAAUGCCUCCAAUGAGUGUUCCUGCCAGUCCGAGAUUGAGGGGUAUGGCAACUCCAGGUGAUAUUGGCACGUUGACAGAAGAGAUGCAGUCUUUGAAGACCAGCGAUUAUCGAGGUUAUGGUUGGCCUUCAUCGGCGGAGGACGAAGAAGACUCUUAUCCUUUCCCCCUUGUGAUGAAAGUUCGUUCCAGGGCUGAUUCUGUAAUAAGCGGAGCUAGUACUCCAGGCGGGGGAGUGUUCAAUAGCCUUACUGAGCGCGAUCUUCAGCAGGCUGACGAGGCUCUUAGCCAAGUAAAAGGGGAGGUCAAUGGUACGCAUUAG